GCAGACGCGUACGCAGAUGCCAUUAACUAACACGAACCCUUCUAUGUUGAAUUCACACCGAAUCGGAAUGUGCGCGGCGGAGAAGACCGGUGUGGAUCGUAUUUCUGAAUUACCGGAUAACGUUCUCCGUCGCAUUCUCUGUCGGCUCCCCCUCAACGAAGCCGCUCGCACCACCGUCCUCGGCGACGCAUGGCGUAGCUCCUGGAUUUCCUUUCUCAUCUCCGACUUCGACGAUGAACUUUUUCCCGACAGGGAUUCAUAUACGGAUCCUUUCGUUCCUUUCGUCAACGAACAUCUCCAAAGACUCUGCAACCAACAGAGGCUUUCUCUGCAAAGAUUUAAAUUAUGCGUCAAGAAUUAUCACCUCCACCUGCCCGAUUAUCUCGAUCAUUGGAUUAAAUUGGCCGCAGCUCACAAUGUUAAGCAUCUUCAUCUGAACCGACCGAGAUAUAAUCGUUUUUCUGUUUUCCCUCCGAGCAUCUACGCUCAGUCUCUCCAAGUUCUAGAGCUUUGUGGAGGUCGGUUGAGUGAACCUGAAGGUUACUCCAUUGAUUCUCUGAAAUUUCCUUCACUCAAACAGCUUCACUUCCGGGAAAUACAAUCAAGCGAAAACCUUCUUAUGAGUCUCAUCAAUUCAUGCCCGUUACUUGAACAACUUUCUAUAAUCAGCUGUUCCGACUUGUUUUCUCUUCGACUGUGCGGUUUGGCGAAACUCAAAUCCCUUGACCUUGCCCGAGGCUGCAUUCAAAGUCUCCACAUUGAUCAAGCAGAGAAUCUCGAAUCGUUCGUAUAUUCCGUGGAUUAUUACGGCAUCCCAUGCCGUGUGAAGAUAACGGGUUGUAGGAAAUUGAAAUUGUUGAAACUUGAAAAUAUAAAAGUUACUCGACAAUGGUUAACGUUGUUGUCUGAUUUCCCAUCCCUUGAGUCUCUGCAAAUCCGCCUAUGCUACAUCGAUGGAAGAUUUAAGAUACCAAAUCCUCACCUUAAACAUCUCGAACUGUCCACUCCAUUUCUCUGUAUAUGUCACCCUGUUCUUGACGACUCCAUUAGUCUAAACUCAUUCACCUACAGAGGACACAUCAAACCGCAUUGUCUACAGAAUAUCAACACAUCAACCGUUCAAAUUGCAAAAUUCGUAUUGAUGUAUAACCAUCUCCACACUCAUGAGUUCUUUCAACUCAGACAAUUUCUUUCUGCAUUUAGUCAAGCCAAAAUUUUGAAGUUGCACAUCAACUCCUUCCACAAGGUUGAAUUUCAGAUACGAGAACUAAAAGAAAAACAGAAUUUUCAAGAUAAAAUUUUGAAGCAUGUGCGAUUAACUGUAAAAGAUUUUACGCGAUCAGAAAGUUAUAAAGAUUUCGUAGAUGGAUUGAUUUGGGCAAUUCGAGUUCAAAUUCUAUCCAUCAAAAUUCUUCCUCGGGACAACUUCGACUUCAUUAGAAGCAUUCAAUUAAUUGAGGUAUUAUGCAAGAGACUAAUAAGUAUAACGAAAGGAUUGUGUUGUGCUUCAAGUCACUCCAGAUGCUGGCGGCACUAUUUUAAAAGCGUAAAAGUUGUAUGGAGCGAAAACCAGAGUUGCGACUGUGAAAGAUUGUUGGAGUUAUUGCCUGAGUUUCCACUGCAUGAUCUUCAUUCCAUUAGCUUUAAAUUCAAAUAUUAGUGAAUUUUAUAUCUUUUCCUUUUACAUUCCAAAUAUACAUUUAACUUUUUUUUUCAUAUGUAUAAAUAUUUAAACAUAUAUAUAUGUGUGUAUACGUUCAUUUUUUAGAUGGAAUUGACAUAUAUAUCAGGAACUAUAAUGAAAAAAUAUAGUGAGAGAUUAUGGUGGUGCAUAAUCUCAAAGACACAAUGGUCAAUCUAUUAUAAGUUUAAACUGUUUUAUGCAUUGUUUUUCUUUUUCGCUUGUCCUAUGAUCAUUUAAUUGGAACCCUUUUUUCGCGAUCUUUGAUUAUUUGAAUGAUUGGUUUAUGUGAAUAUAUGUUGAUGGAUAUUAAAAAUUGAUAAUUCGAUUCAUUGUUUUUCUUUUUUUGCUUGUCGUAUGAUCA